AUGGGUACUUUGAUAGGGCAUGUAAUACCAGGCUUUGGGUUUGUAUUAAUUGGAUUAUGGCACCUUUUCAACCACAUAAAGCUCCAUAUUCAACGUCCCAACUCCUACACAACACCAAUAUGGUUUCCCGCCUCCAAGUUCAAGUACUUGGAGCUCUUGUUGAUCAUCAUAGGUUCAUCAGCCUCUGUUGCCAUGGAACUCUUCGUCGCCCCCGAGAAACACCAACCGUUUGACAACGACAGAACCAUCCCUUCAAAACAUCUCCACAACUUCGAGGACGCAACGAUAUCCAUGACCUUCUUGGUCUACGCUUCCUUCGCUAUCGUUCUCGACAAGUUAGCUCCUCGAGCUCGCCAUGGUCUUACCCAAAUCCUCGGAGCCAUAGCCUUUGGUCAGCAACUACUACUUUUUCAUCUUCAGUCUACUAACCACAACAGACCUGAGGGCCAGUACCACUUGCUUCUUCAGCUUGUUAUUCUUGUCUCCUUUGUCCCAACCCUAAUGAGACUUGGUUUCCCGAGGAGCUUCUUGAUUAGCUUUGUGAGGUCACUCAGCAUAUUCUUCCAAAGUAUCUGGCUUAUGGUCAUGGGGUUUAUGCUUUGGACACCUGAGUUGAAUAGUGGGUUCCUAUAUCAUUUGGCUAAAUUUCAUGGACUCUCAAGAGAUGACCCUAAUCAACAUCUUACUAUGUUCCAGUUCAACUGUGAGACCAUGUGCCCCAGAAGAGCUGAUAUUCAGAUAGUGAAGAUGAGAGUGUUUCCAUAUUCAUCAGAGGAUCGAGUUCAAAAGUGGUUGUUUGAGGUACCUGCUGGUCGUGUUACUUCAUGGACAAAAAUGGUGAAUGCGUUUUUGUCGAAGUAUUUUCACUCAUGA